AUGUACCUGCGGCCUUGGGAUCUAAUCAAAUGCGACUCUGGGACGCCAAACUGCUCAUGUAAGAGCUGCCGCAAGGAUGCAGAAGCUAGGCUGCUUCAAAUUCUUAAACGAGAUUUGCCAUCUGUGGCAGGAAGGACGCCCUUCCUUGGUCUACCAGACAGAAUAUCAAGUGCUGCCUUCGACGCAAAGAGCAGACAGAAUACGUCUUCGUGCCUUCCGAAUACCAGAGUAGAGGUCCUUGAUGAGAUUCGCAAGUGGGCCGAUAGCGAAGACACUCGACAAGUGUACUGGCUAAAGGGCAUGGCUGGUACAGGUAAAUCCACUAUUGCUCUGACUAUUGCUAGAGAGUAUCACCAGAAGGGUAAACUCGGAGGAAGCUUUUUCUUUUCCAGAGGCCAUAGUGGCCUUGCAAUAUCUGAUAAGUUCGUGGCCACCAUCGCUUCCCAGCUGGCACAGCAUAGCCAAGAGCUACAGGCAAGAAUCCAAGAAGCUGUCUGCGCCAAUCCGGAUAUAAGCAGCAAAAGUCUUUCUUAUCAAUGGGAGCGCCUUGUCCUUCAACCUCUCGCGUUGGCAUGCUCACAAGGGUCUUUGCGCUCACUACUCAUUGUAGUGGAUGCGCUAGAUGAGUGUGAAGGCGACGAAGACUUGUGCCUGUUGAUUCGAUGCCUGGCCUCUUGUGUACCACCCGGGGGACACCAAUUACGGAUCCUUGCCACUAGUCGUCCAGAGCGCCCAAUUAGUCUCGAGUUUGACAGUAUCUCUACCCAAGAGCGCCAACAUCUAGUCCUUCAUGACGUGGAAAGGUCCAUUGUCAAGGAGGAUCUCACCGAGUUCUACACGCACGAACUCAACAAGAUUAACGACAGGUUUGGCCUGCAAGACCUCUUUUGCGAUACCACAAUUUCGAAAAUGGUCCAGCAAUCGUGCGGCCUGUUUAUUUAUGCUGCUGCAGUAUGUCGCUAUAUCUGGCAAGGUGGACUCGAUGGUGCUAAAAGUCGUCUAUCCGGCCUUGUUGAGUCUAAAGCUCCAAAUUCAAGCCCUCUUCAGGAGCUAGAUCAGCUUUACACGGUAAUCCUCCAAAACUCGAUUAUUGUGCAUUCAAGUCAUGAUUCGUCCGAGCCAUCGCAGUGGUUUCGUCGUGUGGUCGGCGCUAUCAUCGUUUUGUCAGACACGUUUUCGUCAGCCAGUCUUUGCACCUUUCUAGGAGAAGGAAGCCUCAGGCCAGCUAUCGACAAUUUUCAUUCUGUCCUCAAUAUCCCUGAUCAUCCCGAGAAACCGAUAGGCAUACUGCACCCGUCCUUUCGUGACUUCCUCCUCGACCCCUCUCGAUGCUUAGAUUCUCGUUUUCAAAUCAACGAACAGAAAGCGCAUCAGUACUUACUGGAUUGUUGCUUUCGUAUCAUGAAGAAUGGGUUGCACUACAACAUGUGCAAUGUUGACAAGCCAGCUUUGCGGGUUCAUGAGAUAUCCGAAUCCUUUGUCAGAGAGCGGAUCCCCUAUCCAGUCCAGUAUGCCUGUCGCUACUGGAUACACCAUCUGAAUCAUAGUGGGAUCAGGUCAGUGCAGCACAUUGCGAUAACGGAUUUCUUUCGGCACUGCCUGCUUUUUUGGCUCGAAACACUCGCUUGGACUAGAAAUCUAGUCUACGCUAUCGAAGGUGUAAAGUCUCUUCGAGUGAUGUUAGCAGAUGAAUCUGGAGACAUAAGCUCCAUGGUACACGACGCUUCGCGCUUUCUAUCAAUGCAUGGUGUUAUAAUUGAACAAGCACCAUUGCAAAUUUACUCUUCUGCUCUACUUUUCAGUCCCAUGAGGAGCAUAACCCGAAAGCACUAUUCUCAAUAUAUACCACAAUGGGUUCUCCAGUGCCCUCAUGUCAAUGGAACCUGGGGCUUGCAUCUACAAACAAUAAAGAGUGAAAAUCAUGUUAACUCUCUUGCCUUCUCGCCCAACAGUGCCAUGCUUGCAGUACGGUCAGGAACCGUGGUACGACUCUGGGAUCCCUCAACUGGUAUUGAGAAGUGGCUGCCCAAACAGCAUUCUGAACCUGUCAAGGCCAUGUGUUUCUCACCAAACGGAGAGAGGUUGGCCACUGUGGUUGGAAGUGGCGAAGAUGGUGACGAAAUACGACUUUGGAAAACGGGAACGGGCACUGAGUGCUUAACUAUUGGAAAAGGCCUUGGGGCAGUGACAGCGUUUAGUUUCUCACCUGAUGGGAAAAAACUGGUGGCUGCAGGUCUUAUCGACAGAAAUAUUGGUUGGAAAGUAUUCAUGUGGGACAUGGAAACUGGAUCCAAAGUUGCGAUUUUUGGUGUAGAGGGAGAUUUGAUCACCGCUGGUUUUACUUCGGACGGAAGGCUUUUUGCUGUACAAAAGCUUGGAUCCCAGAUCAAUCUAUUGGACCUCGAAGACGGCAGUGUCCAGCACAUUCCUGCGCCGCUAAAAGGUGGCAUCUGUGGCCUAGCAAUAUCUCUAGAUAUUAAGUUUCUAGCCAUCAGAACUCACAAAGGCCAUCGAAGAGAUGACACGAACACAUGGCUGUGGCUUGCCAGCCCAAUGAACGAAACCUGUCGGCGAGUAUACAAGCACUAUCACAAGUUCGGCCAUGAUGCAGCUGUGGGCGAAUCUCUAGUCUUCUCACCAGAUGGAAAGCUUCUCGCCGCGUGUGUCAGCCCCAGUCAAGGGUAUCUGAUCGACUCGUCAACGGGGAAAAAGAAAUGGAUCUUCUAUGGUCCUUCCAUUAGGGAUAACGCUGUGACAUUUUCUCUCGAUGGAAGGUUCCUUGCUGUAGCGUGCACCAACUAUACAUCGUGUGUCUAUGACACAGCCAACGGCACUCUAAUGCAUACACUCAAAAGCUACUCGGGCUUAGUCACUAGCAUCUCCUUCUCUCCUGGUAACAAUUUCAUAGCCACAGCAUCGAAUGAUAAAACAGUUCGUUUGUGGGAAAUCGAACAAGAACAACCCAAAAAGGAUUUCGUACCCGACCCUACUCCCGCAAGAGUCCUGAUGUUCUCUGCGGAUUGGGAGCUUGUGGUGGUCAAGUUCAACCAAGAAGUGCAGAUACGUGCUGCGGGGACAGGUGCAUGUUUGUUUCGAACGGACGAAGAGAUUGGAACAUAUGCCUUUUCUCCUGAUGGGUCACUAAUUGCGAUGCUCUAUGAAGACAGGAGCGUUCGAAUUUUGAAUUGCAGGACAGGCAAACUUCAUACAUUGACCACGAUACCCGAACACACAUCCUCAAGAUAUACUAGAAAGUGUUACUCCAUUCCUAUGAGCUUCUCUGCUGGCGGGGAAUUACUGGUAAUACCGUGGGAGGGUGUGUCGAAUGCACAUAUUGGAGGGCCGGUGGGAUCAAUACGGAUGCAAAUUUCAGGCAUGGCUCUUUGGGAGGUAUACAAUGGCAGGAUUUCCAAACUCUUGCCCAUUGACGAUCAUUUGAUCACCGGUUUCUCAUUCACGCUUGAUGGGAAAGUUAUGAUUACUGCCUACGACUACGGCUUCUGCAUGUGGGAUUUACAAGCUGGGGCCAAGUUAUGGGAUCCAAUCGAGUGCGCAGAUGACUUCCAUGUUUUUGGUGUCAUGGCUCUCUCACCCACCUCGGAUUUACUUGCAAUCACUUGUUACCCUAAAACUAUUCAACUAUGGGAUCUGCGGAAUCGAACUAAAGUGCACUGCUUUGCCCAGUAUUCGGGAUUCCUUUGCUUUUCGCCUAGUGGGAAAGUCCUGGCAUCACUAUCAACAGAAUUCUUAGUGACCCUUUGGGACGUAAGUUAUGGGACAGCAUUGCAGACCUAUGAUUUCAAGGUUCAAAUACGACAGUUGUCCUUUUCUCCUUGUGGCAGCUACAUAAGGACUAAGCUAGGCUGUUUACCAACUUCAGCCUCUAAGCAAUUAUUUAUAAACCUAUUCUCUGGGGAUUGGGUAAAGAAAGGAGGUAAGGACUUGUUAUUUAUUCAUCCGGAUUACCAGCAUUACGUUGGAUAUGUAUAUAGUUCUAGUAUUGUGUUUUUAGAUAUAAAGAGGGCAGACUCAUACCUAGUAUUAGAGUUAUAA